CGAAGCAUCAUCGAAAGGGAAUGAAAACCUGUGCCUCUGCAUCGCAAGUUGAGGAUCCCUAACUACCGCAGCUAUUCGAAACMGCAUCCAAAGCCACUAAUCCAAUCCAAUCCAAGGCAAAGGAAAACAAAACACAAACACAAACACCCAACACAACACAACACCAAUCGCAAACAAGCAUGGGGCUGAUGGUGUCCCUGAUGGCCAAGGCCGUCGCCACCGGCGCGGCGGCCGGAUUUGCCUCCCACAAGCUGGUGGAAGGGCUCUCCCCCGGGCUGCCCCCCCCGGCGAGGGCAGCCCUCGCCCUCUUGUCCUCCCUGGCCGGAACGGCCGGCUACCUGCGGGCCUGGAUCCAGGACUACUGGGUGGACCGAAGCUACCGCGGGGACAAGGACCUCACCGGCACGACCGCGGUGGUGACCGGCGGAACGGUGGGGGGCCUGGGCUUUGCCGCGGCGGAGCUCCUCUACGAGCUGGGCGCCACGGUGGUGGUGACGGUCCGGACCGCCGAAAAGGGAAGGGCCGCGGUGGAGGGGCUGCAGGGGAAGGCUUGCGACACCGAAACGGAARGCAGGGCCUYUUACGUCCUGUGCGAUUUCCUGUCCGAGGACUCGGUGAGGGCCUGCGCUGCCGAGCUAAGGGCCAAGUGCGGAGGGGGGGGGAUCGACUUUUUGGUCCUCAACGCCGGGAUCAGCGGCGGCGGGACCGGAGGAUCCCCMCAAGCCAAGCCAGAGGCCGAGCGCGACGCCGACGCCGCCAGGGUCUGGAUGACCAACCACGUCGGCCCCUUUGUCUUUGCCAACGAGCUCAUGCCGCUGCUGGUGCAAGCCGCGAGAAAGGACCCGGCUCGCCACUCCCCCCGCGCCGUCUGGGUCUCCUCGGGGGCGCACAAGAGGGCCUCCAUCGACUGGGAGGACCCCUUCCACCCGUCCUUUGCGGCGUCGGGRAUGAGGGUCUACGCCCAGUCCAAGCUCGCCAACAUACUGCACGCGAGGGAGUACCAGAAGCGCGUCCGGGAGUGCCUCAACGAGGGAAGCAAGAAGGAAGGCGGCCCCGACGUCAGGUGCUUUGCCCUCACGCCGGGGGCCGUKUGGACGGGAAUCCUGGGCGCAACCAACCGUCCCCUGCUCUACCCGCUCCUCUGGGCCACCAUGCGGACGCCGAGGACCGGCGCCCAGGUGAUCAAGAUGGCCUGCCUCGACGAGGGCCUGGAGGGGGGGGAGUACCUCUCCAACUGCUACGCGAAGGAMACCGAGGGCAAGAACGGCUGCUCCAACGACGAGGCCCAGUGGAAGAAGCUCUGGGAGCUGACGGARGGCCAGGUCGCCGCGAAGGCCUACGCGGACCCCUCGUUUUUCGGCGCCCGCGAGAAGUCGGAGUGAGCGACGCGCAGUGCGUUGCGUUGCCGUGCGGUGCUGUGCGGUGCACGCGCCAGCGUACACGAAACGGGCUGGGACGCCGGGAACAACAGUAGGUAGUACGACUACGGUGACAGAACCAAGCGAGUGACACGACGACAAACGCACGGAAAAGAGGAAGGACCUUCCUUGGAAACGAUGUAUUGUUCUAUUUCAAGCAGUAAUUAGGAUUUUUUAAAAGUUUUGAAAUGCAUACAUACCAAUUGGAUUGCUGUAAUUAUGAAUCGUUUCGGUGUUGCAGACGAACAUAUAUAAUGAUACUAUUGGUUGUUCUGUCGAUAGUAGAACUUGCACUUAGGAAUGCAGCGCGCGGAAACACCAUAAACAAAAGCUUGAUUU